ACGCAUAUGUACAGCAACUGUCAAACGUAUGAAUUCGGUUUCUCUUGUGGGAUGCAAUAUCAUUAAUUAUUGAGACCGAAAUUACCGCAAAUUCGAUAAUGAUUAACAAUCUAUUUUAAUUCAACACAUUGGAAUUGAGUGAACGCUGAAGGGUGUUCAAGCCAGUGGAAAAAGAAAAAGGGGAAUGAAUCCGAUGGAGUACUCGACUGCACACAUGCAACUGAUGGCUGCGAACCCAUUGAUGCCACACAACAACAACAACAACAAUAGCAGCAGCAAGAUGAAGAGGUGCAGUGAUCUGCACAGGGAAGUGCUCGGCGGUUAUAAGGUCAAUACGGGAUACAUAGAUCCGAUCAAAUUCAAAAACGAGUAUUUCAAUCAUCAAAAGUACCACCAUAGGGAGGAGGCGAAGAACGGAAACGGGCUGAAGGGGAACGCAAACUCGACGACGACGACAACGACGUUGAAUGUCUCGUAUCGUAUGCUGCCGAACGUGCCGCUGAAUCUGAUGCCGCCGCCCCCGCACAAUAGCACAGUUAGCAAUAACAACAACAUUAACAACUCCUCCUCUAACAAUUUCAAGCGCAAGAGCGGUUGGAAAUCGCCGAGGAACGAUGUUAGGUGUAAUUCACCGCACGGUUCCGAGAGUGACGAAAGCUGCAGAUCUUAUAAGAGCAGAGACUCGCCCCCAAAUAUGAAUAUUAAAGGUUUAAAUUGUCAUCGUGCUAGACACAAGCAUUCUACGUUUGCAGAAAACACCUAUAUAUGUAAUAAGUAUUGUAACAAUUCUCAAAACGUUGUAUACCCAGCUGUUAUAAACCAAAGCAAUGGCCAUUAUAAACCAAAAUAUUAUCCAAAUACUGUAUGUCAGCAGCAGCAACAACAGCAGCAGCAGCAGCAUAACGGUUUAAAUUUAGCCAUCAAUAGGAAAAAUGAGAAGAAGACUAGAUUGUAUAAUAGUGAAAUAGAUAGGAGAGUGUAUGGUCUGAUGGAGAGGUUUACGUCGCGGGCUCACAUGUUCAAGAUCCCUUCGAAAUUGCCGAGCUGCCAGCAAAUGAACGAGUUCGAGUCGCUCAACCAGGCGAUAUGGGAGGUGUACCAGGUGAAGGGACAGAAGGAGAUCACGUACCUGCGAAAAUUGGAUCUGUGGAAGAGCAUUUACCUGUCGAUGCAGGACGUGCUCAGUCGGUACGGCCUAUUCCUCGUCGGCUCCACGAUGUCCGGCCUAGGAUUGGACUCUAGCGACAUCGACAUUUGCCUGCUGGUGCGGCCGUACCUAACGGACGCCCGCAGCGACGCCCUGCAUCAUUUGCAGAAGAUCAACGAGGCCCUGGAGAGAUGCUCGUUCGUGCGGUCUCCGGAGGUAAUAAUGGCCAAGGUGCCGAUCCUGAAAUUCAAGGAUGCGAAUUAUGGGUUCGAGGUCGAUCUGAACUGCAACAACUCGGUGGGCAUCAGGAAUACUCAUCUGAUGAACUGCUAUGCUCGUUCGGAUUGGCGCGUCCGGCCGCUGGUAGCAAUCGUCAAGCUGUGGGCGCAGACAAACGACAUCAACGAUGCCAAGAGGAUGACCAUCUCGAGUUACUCGCUGGCGUUGAUGGUCAUACAGUACUUGCAAUGCGGUGUGACGCCGCCUGUGGUGCCGUGUCUGCAAGGCAUGUACCCGCAGAUGUUCAGUCCUGAUCUGGAGAUCCACGACAUCGACAUCCAGGAGGACAUCCCGAUGUUCUGCUCUGACAACAAGCAGUCGCUGGGAGAGCUGCUGCUGGGAUUCCUGCAGUACUACAGCUACUUUGACUACAAUCAGUACGCGAUAUCCGUACGCGAGGCGGCCCUCCUACCAGUCGAGGAGUGCAAAUUCGCACGAGCCCCGAAGAACGACGCCACCCAGUGGAAGCUGCUGUGCAUAGAGGAGCCAUUCGACUUCACGAACACCGCUCGCUCCGUCUACGACGUGGACACGUUCGAGCACAUCAAGAGCGUGUUCCGUCUCUCGCACCAGAAGCUCCACCGGACGAAAACCCUCAGCUCAAUAUUACCCACCCAAAGAUGAUUUUACCAAAGCAAUAUUUACAAGUAAGGUUUAAAGAUAAAGAAAAGCGUAAAAAAAAAAUUAUAUAUAUAUAUAUUGAAAUGGUCGACCUGUGAGGAUGAAGAGACAUUUUAACGAAAAGAGUUACAAAAAAAAAAAAAUCGUUUUUCUUCUGUUAUGUUUUUAGUAUUCGUUCAAUAAUUUAUUUAAUAUUAGAAAAGAAAUUGGAAAAAAGAAAAUUUGCGCGUAUAAACAAAAAAAAAAAACUCUCGGUGUUGCUUGUGCAAUAUCUUAUUACAUGAAAGAACAAAUUCGAAUUCUGCCAGAACACCACCAAAAAAAACAAACAAACAAACAAAAAUAUUAUAAAUAUGUACGUGUAAAGCGCAAACAAAAAAAAAAUAAUCUAAAAAGUAUCAGUAUUGUUAGUGUCUAAUGUUUUAUUUAUUUAGUUAGAUUUUAUGUUCCUUUAUAUAAAUUCUCAAUUAUUUUUUAUUUAUUAUUAUUAUUUUUUUUUUGUGAUACUGUGAUUACUAGUUUUCUCGUUUCGUAAGGGGGGGUUUAGAAACACUGUUUUUCUUGUUUUCUUCAUUUAUUAUCUCUUUUUUUUUUCGCUAUAAAACAGAAAGAGUGUUAUUAUCGUGAGACUAUUCGGGUAGUUAUAUAUGUGUGUGUGUGUGUAAACGAAAUUCAAAGAAAAAAAAAAUAUUUAAAAAAAAAAUUUAUACAUAUCAUAAUUGUCAUAGGAAGAGGAGAGUUUGAAACCCCUUUUUGUGUAUAAAAAUGUUGACUGGAAAUGGAAUCCUUUUAGUCCGGAUGAAGAAGAAGAAGAAUUAGAAGAGGAGUAAAGACGGGGAAACAUCUUUUAUUACAUACAACGACCACGCAGUCAAACUUAUAUACAUUUUUUGUACACUAUGUGUAUAUAUAUAUAUAUACAUUUAUAUAUAUAUAUAAUUAGUUAUUGGCGCCGUGUGGCUACUCGAACGAUCCCGCCCAUCGCCCCGCCCACUCGACAACACACACACGCCCACUCAUGAUUCGGAGUGGCGAUGGGGGGCGGGGAACGAGACAAAUCGGUCGUCAAAUUACUGGAUGAUAUUAAAAUUUAAAUAAAAAAAAAUCAACCUUCGCGUACAUUCAUUGUGUAUGUGUGCGUGUACAUAUAUAUAUAAGUUGCAUAUACUUAAGUACAAAAUACGAUUACUUUUUUUUGUGAAGAAGAAGAUGAAAGAAAGAAAGAAGAAUCUAUUAUUAUUAUUAUAUUCUAUGAAAGAAGUAGUUUCUUUAUAUGUGCCAACAGAAGGAGCAGGAUGGAUGAAGUAAUGAAGUAAGGUUAAGAUAUUUGGCGAAUCUCUCAUGUCGGAAUUAGACAAUAUAAAUGAAACAAUAAAAAUGUAACAAUAAUUUAUAAAGAGAAUACGAUGGACAUGUACAUAGGAGGAAGACCUUGUGAAUGAUGAACGAUGUUAAGUUUUUUUUCUUUUUGUACAUUCUAGAUACUUUUCAGUUCGAAAACUUUUCAUUUUUCAAACGCUGCAUUUGUCACGUGUUUCAUUGCAUCCAUUAUUAUUAUCACCUUAUUAUAUAAUUUUACCAAAAAAAAAAUAAAGGUAGAUAAGAUAUUUGAUAGUAAACCAAAAAAAAUUAAAAAAAAAAUCAUACACGAACUGAAAAUUACACUUGCGCGCGCCCCAAAUCAAACGACAUUCUUUCAAAUCGUUAUUACAUACGGAUAUAUAUAUACAUAUAUGUGUGUGUGUGUGUAUAGAUAUGCCACAGAUAACUUUUGUUCUUCGCUCUGUUAUUUUUUUUUUGAUUGACUUGUCACACUUUUCUCGGCGCUGUGAAAUUUAUUUAUUUUCUCUCACCCCUUUGUACCUUUACAGCUUAUUUACUACUUACUACUCUACUAUCAUUGUGAUCUACGAUACAAAUUGUUAAAAAUUUACAUUUCUGUGAGAAUUAAUAAAAAAAUUUCAUAUA